AUGAGGGUUAUAUUAGCAAUUCAGUUAUUUUUCUCUAUUUACAAAACAUUUGGACAAGGAACAUUUCCCGAAAAUGAUGCGCUGGAAAAAUCGGCAUUGUUUCCAAGUACAACAUCCAGCAAACAGUUCAGUGUUUUAAGGGAGAUCUUAAAUCAAGAGAGUUUAGUACGAUUCUCAAUGGUACAGAAAAUCCAGACUUUGGUGAUGGAUGCCAUUGAGAGUAGAAACCUUAGCAAGACUCUUGAAGGAAGGCUUAGUGAUGUUAGUAAGGAAUUGGAAGCUUUGAAAAUAAACGACGAAAGGCUGAAGGAAGAAAUUGUAAAGCUUAAGAAAGAAAUGAAUGCUGAAUAUAUGAGUGGUAAUAAAAUCAUCGAUGAUUCGAACUUUCAAAGCUAUAAUGAUUCAGAAAUACUAUUUUUGAAGGGAAAAACUUCAGCUCUUCAGAAGAAAAUUAAAGUGCUAUCUUUGGAGAAUGCAGAUAUUAAAGAACAGCUGGUGGUUUUGAAAAACAAAGAACUAGAGAGUCUAAGGAAUGAAACGUUUACUCUUUAUCAGAAAUACGAUGAAAGAGUAGUGUAUGAAAGAAAGACCUCUUAUUUAAGCAAUCGUCUAUUUUUGAUUGAAAACGAUAUACAGAAUCUUUCGGUAUCAUUCAAUGAAGCAAUAGAAAAUAUUCGUCAAAAUACUGCAGAUGUCCAAGAGUUGAAGGAAUCUAAGAAUUUAACAGACUGUGAAAAAGGCUGGGUUUCCUACAGAGAUUCCUGUUAUUUCUUUUCUUCAAUAAAAAUGAACUUUCAUGAUGCUGCUACAUAUUGUACCAAUGCUUUAUCUGGUGCAUCACUUCUGGAAGAUCAAAGUCCAGAGGAAGAAAUAUGGAUCUUUAUACAGUUUCGCUCACGAGGUCUACAAACUACUUGGCUUGGUAUCACUGAUAUUUUUGAGGAAAAGAAGUUCGUGCGUAUGUCCGAUGCAAAAGAAUUAACACAUUUCAACUGGUCUAAAGGGCAGCCUGAUAAUUAUGAAAAUAAUGAACAUUGUGUGGAAAUACUUCCUGACGGAAAAUGGAAUGACCUCAACUGUAGCAGAAGAAUUGGGUUCAUUUGUAAGCUACACCGCAAUUAAAAUAAAUCAGAGCCAAACAAAAUAGUCCAAAUGUCUCUAAAAAUACGACUCGUCCAAUGUACAUCUUUCACAAAA